AUUCCAUCAAGAAGCUACACAAAGUCUCACAUUUCAGACUAUUUAUUUGAGUUCAUAUGGCGAUGGCAGAACAAAGAUAAUCUUUGGGAAAAUAUGUUGGAGUGUAUGAAAAAUACGGGAUAUUUUGAUGAGAAAGUAGACGAAACAGAUGAAGAGAAUGAAGAUGAAAAGGACAAAGAAGACAAAGAGAACGAAAAAGAGAGAAAUGGUAGAAAUAAAGAAGGAAGAAUAAAGAGAAAGAGGAGCAUGAGAAUGAGAAUGAUAAGAAUGAUGAAGAGGAGGAUGAAGAGGGGAUGA